AUUUCACAUGUGAAAGAAAGUUGGAGUUUCAUUAUGAUACAAUCCAAACAAAACCAAGGAAUAUCUACAGAAGACAGUGGGUCACCCGCAGUGUGAGGUAUAUAAUAGCCAAAUGGAAGAGCUUACUACCAGAAUGUUUUUUUCAAAACGAAUGAGAGAGUUUGAAGAGUUUCAAGCAUUUGUUGAGUCGAAACUUCAUAAGCGAAGUUUUAUAUGAGAGUACAAAGUUCAAAGUGCAUUUUUAGUUAGCUGAACUUCAGUGGAAAAGUUGUGGAAGAGAUCGUUGCUACAGCCCGCGCGACCGUGGAGCGGCAACACCUUGACUUUGACAGAUGAGAUUGACUAUGACGAUGACGAACAGCCCAGGAUGCAUGCUGUACGGUCCAGCACUUCUCUCCCAACAUCAGUCGCUACCAACCCCCCCAGCGACCACUCUCUCCUCCCAACAUCAGUCGCUACCAACCCCCCCAGCGACCACUCUCUCCUCCCGACAUCAGUUGCUAGAAAUUCACUCCCUCCCAGCACUCUCUCUCCACCCACUGCGUCCCAAACACCUUACACUCCAGCAUGGAGUAGACAGACUCAUCCUGUCACUGUCACCCUAUUCACCAGUGCAGUAGGUCCUACGUUUGAUGUCCCAGAGUCUCCCUCCUCUGUGUUCCUUCAUUUCUGGCCUGACAACUAUCUGCAAGAGAUCUGUGCACAAACAAACCUCUAUGCACAACAGGUAAUUGGGGCCAGCGAAGUACGCAGAUUGGGUGGAGGUGAGUGUGCCAGAGUUGAA